AUGGAUAGUAGAAAAAGAAGCAUCGCAUCAAAUGACAAUGCAGAUGAUAAAUCCAAAUCCAGUGUGCACAAAGAAUGGGACGAGGCCUCUUGCCCGAUAUGUAUGGAUCAUCCCCACAACGCGGUCCUUCUCAUCUGUACCUCCCACGAUAAGGGAUGCCGCUCGUACAUUUGUGACACCAGCUAUCGACACUCCAACUGCCUCGACCGUUUCAAGAAGCCGACGGCUGGGCAGACGAGCACGGAUGAAAAGGUGGGUCUCCAGUGCCCUCUCUGCCGGGGUUCCGUCUUGGAGUGGAAGGUGGUGGAGGAGGCCCGCAAGUACCUGAACCUGAAACCCCGGGCCUGCUCACGCGAGUCGUGCUCAUUCUCGGGCAACUACCGUGAGCUUCGUGGGCACGCUAGGCGGGUCCACCCAGCUGCCCGCCCGGCAGAUGUGGACCCGUCGAGGCAGAGAGCAUGGCGUCGUUUGGAGGACCAGAGAGAGUACAAUGACAUUGUGAGUGCUAUUAGUUCGGCAGUCCCCGGUGCAGUUGUGGUUGGGGAUUACAUGAUCGAGGGCGGUGGGGAGCACGGGAGAGGCAGGGCAGGGGAGGGUGGGGCCCGGUGGCUGAGCACUCUCGUUUUGUUCCAGAUGAUUGGGUCGUUGGAUGGUGGGGAGGGGAGAGGGGGGAGGUCGAGGAACCGGCGUGCUGGUGGUCGUGCUGCCGGUUCUGAAAGGCGGAGGUAUCUGUGGGGGGAGAAUUUGUUGGGUAUUCGGGCUGAUGAGGAGGAUGAGGAUGAUGAGGAUGAGGAUGAUGAGGAUGAGGAGGAGGAGGAGGUGGAUUUGAAUGUGUUGAGUGAUAUUGGGCCUCCGAGGAGGAGGAGAAGGUUGAUGCAAGACAGAUCUUCGGACGAUGAUGAUGAGGUGGAUAUGGGGUUUUGA